CGGAGGGAGCAGGGCUAUCUGGGCCGGGCAGCAGAGCUGUCCCUGGGCAGGAAUGUCCCUGCUCACCCAGAUAAUGUUAUUUAUAUCGCCGGCUGGCAGGGCGGCUCCGCUCAGCGCUCCCAGGACCACCCGGGCCCCCACGGGUCUCUGUCUCGCCGCCGCCCCGUGCUCUGUGCUGCUGGUGCCCUAGGCAGGGGCCUUUUCAUGCUAACUAAAACAAGAACAGCAGCCAAACGCCCAGAACUAUGACAUCAGCCACUGAUUUCGAUCACUUGGAGAUUCAGCAGCAGUACAGUCGGAUCAACGCUCGCUGGGAUGCAUCUGACGAUGAGCUGGACAAUGACAACAGUUCUGCUAGGCUGUUCGAGAGAUCUCGGAUCAAAGCUCUGGCAGAUGAGCGGGAAGCCGUGCAGAAGAAAACCUUCACCAAAUGGGUGAAUUCCCACCUGGCACGUGUGACCUGUCGCAUUUCUGAUCUCUACAUGGACCUCAGAGAUGGAAGGAUGUUAAUCAAACUGCUGGAGGUUCUUUCUGGAGAGCUGCUGCCCAAACCCACCAAGGGGCGCAUGCGGAUCCACUGCCUGGAGAAUGUGGACAAGGCCCUGCAGUUUCUCAAGGAGCAACGGGUACACCUGGAGAACAUGGGCUCUCACGACAUUGUUGAUGGCAAUCACCGUCUGGUGCUGGGCCUUAUCUGGACAAUCAUCCUGCGCUUCCAGAUCCAGGACAUCAUUGUUCAGACUCAAGAAGGCCGGGAAACCCGUUCCGCGAAGGAUGCAUUGUUACUCUGGUGUCAAAUGAAAACUGCUGGCUAUCCCCAUGUUAACGUCACCAAUUUUACAUCCAGCUGGAAGGAUGGCUUGGCAUUCAAUGCCCUUAUUCACAAGCACAGGCCUGACUUGAUUGACUUUGAAAAGCUGAAGCACUCGAACGCCAGGCACAACUUGGAGCAUGCUUUCAUUGUGGCAGAACGGCAACUUGGCAUCACCCAGCUUCUUGACCCAGAAGAUGUCUUCACGGAGAACCCAGAUGAGAAAUCCAUCAUCACCUACGUAGUUGCUUUCUACCACUACUUCUCCAAGAUGAAGGUGCUUGCUGUGGAGGGGAAGAGAGUUGGAAAGGUAAUGGACCAUGUGAUGGAGACUGAGAAAAUGAUCGAUAAGUACAGUGGACUGGCUUCAGACCUGCUGACGUGGAUAGAACAGACCAUUACCAUUCUCAACAGCCGCAAGUUUGCUAAUUCUCUGGCAGGCGUGCAGCAGCAGCUCCAGUCCUUCAGUACAUACCGCACAGUGGAAAAACCGCCCAAGUUUCAGGAGAAGGGGAACCUGGAAGUCCUGCUGUUUACCAUCCAGUCAAGAAUGCGAGCCAACAAUCAGAAAGUGUAUACGCCUCACGAAGGAAAAUUAGUGUCUGACAUCAACAGGGCCUGGGAGAAGCUGGAGAAGGCGGAGCAUGAACGGGAGCUGGCGCUGAGAAAUGAGCUUAUUAGGCAGGAGAAGCUGGAGCAGCUCGCCCGGCGCUUUGAUCGCAAGGCAGCAAUGCGGGAGACGUGGCUUAAUGAAAAUCAGCGCCUUGUUGCACAGGAUAACUUUGGAAAUGACUUGCCAGCUGUGGAGGCAGCAAAGAAGAAGCAUGAAGCCAUUGAAACCGAUACAGCAGCCUACAAGGAACGGGUCCAGGCCAUAGAGGAGGUGGCCAAGGAACUGGAGAUGGAGAAUUACCACGACAUCAAGCGCAUCAAUGCUCGCAAGGACAACAUCCUGCGGCUCUGGGAGUACCUGCUGGAGUUGCUGCAGGCCCGGCGGCGGAGGCUGGAGAUGAACCUUAAGCUGCAGCAGCUGUUCCAAGACAUGCUGCACAGUAUUGACUGGAUAGAUGAGAUGAAAGCUAAACUCCUGUCUCCUGAAUUUGGGAAGCACCUGUUGGAAGUGGAAUACCUUCUUCAGAAGCAUAAGCUGAUGGAGGCGGACAUGGUCAUCCAGGCUGAGAAGGUUCGUGAUGUCAGUGCAGCUGCCCUUAGAUUUGCCAACGGAGAUGGUUAUCGGCCUUGUGACCCAAAGGUGAUACAGGAUCGGGUGAACCACCUGCAGCUGUGCCAUCGAGAGCUGAUGGCUUUGGCUGCGGAAAGGAAAGCUCGCCUGGAGCAGUCCAAACGCCUUUGGAAAUUCUUUUGGGAACUGGAUGAAGCUGAAAGCUGGAUCAAAGAGAAAGAUCAAAUCUAUUCCUCCCUGGAUUAUGGGAAAGACCUGACCAGCGUUCUCAUCUUGCAGAGGAAACACAAGGCUUUCGAGGAUGAGCUGCGUGUUCAGGAAACCCACCUGCAGAACACUAUUAAAGAGGGAGAAGCUAUGAUUGCUCAGAAUCAUUUUGGUGCACUUAAAAUCCGCAAAAGGGUUGAGGAAGUGAAAGCCCUCUGGGCCCAGCUGCAGGAACUGGCAGCUUUCCACAAGAAAAACUUGCAGGAUGCUGAGAGCUUCUUCCAGUUCCAGGUUGAUGCAGAUGACUUGAUGGCCUGGUUGCAAGAUGCCCAUCGUCUGGUGUCGAGUGAGGAUGUAGGGCAUGAUGAAUAUUCCACCCUAGCCCUUGUUAAAAAGCACAGGGACCUUUUAGACGAUGUAGCAGACAACAAGAGAGUCAUGGACAACCUGAACAGGCAAGCACAGAACUUCCCCACGGAGUUUCGGGAUGAUCCAGGAUUUGAGAACAGACUGAAGGCCAUCCAGGCAAUGUACAAUGAAGUUGUGUCCCUAGCAGAUCUGCGUAGGCAGAAGCUACAGGAUGCCUUGGAUCUCUACAAAGUUUUCAGUGAGACAGAUGCAUGUGAGCUUUGGAUGAGUGAGAAGGAGAAGUGGUUGGAACAAAUGGAGAUUCCUGAUACCUUGGAGGACCUGGAUGUCGUGCAACACAGGUUUGAUAUUCUGGAGCAAGAAAUGAACAACCUGGCUUCUCAGAUUGAAGGGGUCAAUCAAGCUGCCUUUGGACUAAUAGAAAGUGGGCACCCACGCAGUGUGAAUGUGAGGCAGUGUCAGCAGCGUCUGAAUGCCAGAUGGAAAGUCUUCCAGGAGAUGGUAGCUCAGAGGCGGAAAGCUGUGGAUUUUGCCCUUAGCCUCCACAAUUACUGUGUGGAUUGUGAGGAGACAAGGAAAUGGAUCCUGGAAAAAACCAAAGUCAUUGAAUCUACGCAGGACCUUGGCAAAAACCUGGCAGGCAUGAUUGCCAUGCAGAGGAAGUUAUAUGGCAUUGAGCGUGACCUAGCGGCUAUCCAAGCCCGGCUUGCAUCCCUGCAGCAGGAAGCACACCGGCUAGCCGAAGAGCACCCUGACCUAGCUGACGACAUCUACAGUCGACUGACAGCUGUCACUGGAGUCUGGCUGGACCUGCAGAAUACGUUGCAGAGCCAGGAGGCCUCUCUCGGAGAAGCCAGCAAGCUGCAUAAAUUCUUGCAGGACUUAGAUGACUUCCAGGCAUGGCUCUUCAAGGCCCAAAAAGCUGUUGCUUCAGAAGAGGUGCCCAACUCACUGGUAGAAGCUGAGCACCUCCUGCAGCAGCAUGCUGCCAUUAAGGAAGAAAUUGAUCGACACAAGGAUGAUUACCACAGUGUCAAGCAGAUAGGAGACAGAGUGACCCAAGGACAGACAGAUGUCGAGUAUCAGCAGCUAGAACAGCGGCUUCAGGGGAUGGAUACAGGCUGGAAUGCCUUAUGUAAAAUGUGGGAUAGCAGGGAGAAAUUCCUCAACAAGUGUCUUGGUUUCCAGGAAUUUCUUAAAGAUGCAAAGCAAGUGGAAAUCAUUCUUACUAAUCAGGAAUACACUCUGGCUCACAUCGAGCCCCCAGACACCUUGGAAGCAUCAGAGGCUGCUAUCCGAAAAUUUGAAGAUUUCCUUGCUACUAUGGAAGCAAACGAGGAAAAAAUUACUGGGCUGGUGGCCAGUGGGAACAAGUUGGUGGCUGAAGGAAAUAUUUACUCUGAUAAAAUCAAGGAAAAAGUGCAGCUGAUUCAAGAGAGGUACAAUAGAAACAUUGCAAAAUCUCAAGAGGCCUUAGUGUUGCUGAAGGACAAUCAUGAGCUGCGGAACCUCCUACAGAAUUGCCAAGAGCUUACUAUCUGGAUUGAUGAGAAGAUGCUCACAGCGCAAGACAUAUCCUACGACGAAGCCCGGAACCUGCACAGCAAAUGGUUGAAGCACCAGUCUUUCAUGGCAGAACUUGCUUCUAACCAAGGAUGGCUAGAGAAUGUAGAUGAGGAAGGGCAGAAGCUAGCAGAGCAGAAGCCCCAGUAUAAACACAUUGUUUGCCAGAGGCUAGCGGAGCUGCACCAGCUUUGGGACAAGCUGCAAGCAACCACAGAUGAGAAGGCUCAGCACCUGUUUGAUGCCAACCGCUCUGACCUUUAUGCACAGAGCUGUGCUGACCUUGUUGCAUGGAUUAGUGAGAUGGAGGAGCAGCUGAAAUCUGAUGCCCAAGGGAAAGAUCUCACCAGUGUCAACAUCCUACUGAAGAACUUGAAACGACUAGAUGAGCAAGUAAGUGUGAGGAAGAAAGAGAUGGAAGACUUGGUGUCUCACGCCCCUCCAUCCAGAGGAGACCUGCAUGAAGGAGAUGGCAAGCAUGAGAUCAUUGAGAGAAGGUUCCAGGAUCUUCUGCAGCCAUUGGGUAAGAGGAGGAAGGAGCUGGAGACAACCAAGGCUCGAUACCAGUUGGACCGGGAUCUGGAAGAUGAACUGCUUUGGGUACAAGAGCGAUUGCCUCUUGCUCAGUCCACUGACCAUGGCACAAACCUCCUGUCAGUACAGAUGCUUACGAAGAAAAUGCAGACACUGCAGAAAGAAAUUGCUGGCCAUGCCCCACGCAUUGAGGACGUCCUUUUCAGAGGGGAGGCCAUGGUGGCUGGAGCGGAGGGGGAUGGAGGCAUCCGGGAUACCGAAGAGCGCCUGAAGCAGCUGAAGGAUUCCUGGAGCACUUUGCAAGAGGAAACGUCAAAGAGGUUGCAGCGCCUGGAAGAAGCAAGUGAGGCUCAGCGGUAUUACUUGGAUGCUGGUGAAGCAGAGGCCUGGAUAAGCGAGCAGGAGCUCUAUAUGGGGACUGAUGAGAACCCAACGGAUGAAGAGAGCGGCAUUGUGAUGCUGAAGAGACACCUUCGCCAGCAGCGGUCCAUAGAAGAGUACGGGAAAAACAUCAAGCAGCUGGCCGGCCGGGCUCAGAAGCUGCUCUCUGCUGGACACCCUGAAGGGGAGGAGAUAAUCCGGCUGCAGGGGCAAGUAGACAAGCAGUAUGCGGGCUUGAUAGACCAGUCUGAGGAGCGCAGGCGUAAGCUGGAGCACAUGUGCCACCUCUUCAAGCUGAAGCGAGAAGUUGAUGACCUGGAGCAGUGGAUCGCAGAGAGAGAUGUAGUGGCAUCAUCCCCAGAGAUGGGCCAAGACCUCGACCAUGUCACUCUACUGCGAGAUAGGUUCCGUGACUUCACCCGGGAAACAGGAAACGUCGGGCAGGAGCGGGUGGAUGGUGUCAAUCUCAUAAUUGAGCAGCUGAUUGAUGCUGGCCACCCGGAAGCUGCCACGAUUGCGGAGUGGAAGGACAGUCUGAAUGAGAGCUGGGCUGACUUGCUAGAGUUGAUUGAUACCAGGAUACAGCUGCUGGCUGCCUCCUAUGAACGGCACAAGUUCUUCUAUGAUGGUGGUGAGAUCCUGGUUCUCAUUGAGGAGAAGCACAAGGAGCUGCCGGAGGAGUUGGGCCGGGACGUCAACACAGCAGAGUCUUUCCACAGGAUGCACACAGCAUUUGAGCGAGACAUACACUUGUUGGGACAGCAGGUUCAGCAUUUCCAGGAGGUGGCGGUUCGCCUGCAGGCAGCCUAUGCUGGGGAAAGGGCCGUUGCUAUUCAGAAGCAAGAGCAGGAGGUGGUGAAGGCCUGGAAGGCCCUCCUGACUGCCUGUGAGGGGCGGCGGGCUCAGCUGGUUGACACGGCAGAGAAGUUCCGCUUCUUCAGCAUGGUCCGGGACCUCAUAUCUUGGAUGCAGAGUGUGAUCCGGCAGAUUGAAACACAGGAGAAGCCCAGGGAUGUUUCGUCUGUGGAGCUUCUGAUGAAACACCACCAGGGCAUAAAGUCUGAGAUAGACACCAGGCAGAAAAGCUUCACCACUUGCUUUGAUCUUGGCAAAGCCCUGCUGCAGCGCAGGCACCAUGCUGCAGAUGAGAUAAAAGAAAAACUGAUGCAGCUGGCAGAGAAGAAGAGGGAGAUGGUGGAGAAGUGGGACAGGCGUUGGGACUGGCUUCGCUUGUUGCUCGAGGUGUGCCAGUUUUCCAGGGAUGCCUCAGUGGCUGAGGCGUGGCUCAUUGCCCAGGAGCCCUAUCUCUCCAGCGGUGAUUACGGGCAAACUGUGGAUGCUGUGGAGAAGCUACUGAAAAGACACGAAGCCUUUGAGAAAUCCACAGCCACGUGGGAAGAACGUUUUUCUGCCUUGGAGCGUCUGACCACACUUGAAUUACUAAGGAAUAGAACGAUUCCAGAAGACCUUUCGCAGCACAGAGUGGCUAGGACCACAGACCUGGAGUUUGACUUUGAGACAGAGCCAGAACCUGAGAUGGGGCCUGAAGAAGUGGGGGAGAAGAAGGAGGAGUUAAGUUUAGAAGAUGCCAUUUCUCCUGAUGCAGAAGACUCAUCACUGAUGCAAGAAAAUGGGAAACCACAUCACGAAUUGGUUUCGGAAGAGCUGCCUGAGGAAAAACUGCCUGAGAUGGAGAUCAGAGUGGUUGGUGAGGAAACUUCCACAAAGGAAUCCCUGUUCAAAGUGGUCCAGACCCCUGUGAGCGAGAUCGAUGAGACAGCCACCCUUCCUGCACAGCUGGAUAGAUCUCACAGCGUACAACUUGAGGGCUACCUAGGACGGAAGCAUGAUAUAGAGGCACCUAACAAGAGGGCUUCCAACAGGUCCUGGAAUACGUUAUACUGUGUGCUCAGAAACAGUGAGCUGACCUUCUUUAAGGAUGCCAAAAGUUUGGCCUUGGGUGUGCCUUACCAUGGAGAGGAGCCUUUCCGGCUGAAGAAUGCCUUCUGUGAAGUAGCUGCUGGUUACAAGAAGAAAAAACACGUCUUCAAGUUGAGACUCAGCAAUGGGAGUGAAUGGCUCUUCCAUGGCAAAGAUGAGGAUGAGAUGCACACCUGGCUUCAGGGCUUCAGCACAGCAAUAAUCGAAUCCCAAAGCAUUAAAACCAAGGCCCAAAGCCUGCCUCUGCCUUCCAUCACUACCAUGGACGUGAGUCUGACCAAGAAAGAUAAAGAGAAGAGAUUCAGCUUCUUUCCCAAAAAGAAAUAGCCAGACAGGUGGCUUGGUCCAGCCAGAUGCCUAUGUUCUAAUGUGCAUAACGGGGGGGAACCUGCAUGUCUGAGUGUCCCUGGGCACUCCUGGCACCACUCAAAACACUGUUCUCAUCUCCACAACACAGCCUUGCUUCUCAUUUCCCACCACAUCCCCAUCUCUCUCCCUCACACAACCCAGGGCAUCAAACCAGUGUUUCAGGUAACAAGGCAACAUCUCUGCUGCAAGUAGAGCUGUGAGGUGUGUGUCCUUGGUUGGUUCAUUGGGAAUGCAGAGUUCAGCAAGGCUGACCUUGUGCAUGAUCAUGCUUUGCACACCUCUCUGUGAACAAAGAACUGCUUCAGGGGAGAAGACACUGUCGAUUUCAGGGGCUUUUUAUGGAAGAAAGGAGUGAAGCAGGAACCUAGCCCAUCCCAAAAGGGAACUGAAUGAAAACCAUGAUGGCUCUGGAGCAAUUCUGCUUAUCUCGGAGUUUGGGAAAAAUACGUCCUCAGCUCAUUGCCAAAAGCCCUGGUUCCCAGAAGCUGCUUUCCCAAAUCGUCUGUUGGAAUAGAACCGUCACGUGGAAUUUCAACGUCAUCUAUAGCACAGGUACACCAUGCAUCAAGAUCCAACCCUCAUGCUGGAAGUCAGUUUUCACUUUUCAGCAGGUCUGAUGCUCUUCUUUGCAGGGGCAUCUGCGACGUACGCACACACACAUGCACAAUACCAUGUCACAAAGCACAGAACUUUCUCACCAAAAGGUUCCACCCAGAGUCCACUGUGUUGGUGGCGGAAUCCUUGCUCGAUUAUAAAUGAAUCAGGGUUGCAACCAAAGAGGAGAGCAUGAUCUAUGUUCAGACUUCUGCACUAAAUUGGUUAGAAUGGA